AUGGACAGCGCUCCGCCCAAAGCAGGUCAAGGAGCCGUGCUCGAUCUGGCGAAGCACCCCACAGCGCAAAAGCUGGUAGACCGCUGCUGCCAGUUCUUCGCGGAGGUGGAAGACCUCACGCCAGGCAAAGACCUCGAAGCCCGGCUGAACAAAGACUACGGCCCGGGAAACCCAUACUACGAGGACCUCUGCAGUUACGUCCGGCGAGGCCUAUCCGAGGGCUGGGUGGCCGAGACAGAAAUCAACGGCCGUACGUACCGUCGUGGCAAGAUCGCCCUACCGAGCGCCGAAACGCGCUUUUUUAGUAUUACCGCCGUCUACAUGGAGUCGCAGGAUGUGUUUGCGGGCCAGUACCACCAGCACCCCUACGGCGAGAUCAACUGCGUCGUGCAGGUGGACCCCGUGGACGGGGAGGCGGAGCUGGAGGGCAUGAGCGGGUGGCAGGGCGCCGGGUGGACUUCGCCUGGCCCGGGCACGCAUCAUUAUCCGCGGGUGAGGAGGGGGCCGCUGGUGGCGCUGUUCUUUCUGCCGGCGGGACGGAUUUCGUAUAAGGCGACGCCUGAUAUGCAGCAGCCUUUGUCUGUGUAA